CCGGCGCGGGCGGGCGGCGCAGCCAUGGAGCCGGAGCGCGAGUGCCGGGUGCUCUCCAUCCAGAGCCACGUCGUCCGCGGCUACGUGGGCAACAAGGCGGCCACCUUCCCCCUGCAGGUUUUGGGAUUUGAAGUUGAUACGGUGAACUCUGUCCAGUUUUCAAACCACACAGGUUAUGCCCACUGGAAAGGUCAGGUGUUAAAUUCAGAUGAACUUCAUGAACUGUAUGAAGGACUUAAGCUGAACAAGGUCAACCGGUAUGAUUAUGUACUCACAGGGUAUACAAGAGACACGUCGUUUCUGGCAAUGGUGGUGGAUAUUGUCCAGGAGUUGAAGCAACAGAAUUCUAACCUAGUAUAUGUAUGCGAUCCAGUGAUGGGUGACAAAUGGAAUGGAGAAGGCUCUAUGUAUGUGCCCAAGGAUCUCCUCCCAGUCUACAGGGACAAAGUUGUACCUGUUGCUGAUAUAAUUACUCCUAACCAGUUUGAAGCUGAGUUACUCACGGGCAGGAAGAUUCACACAGAAGAAGAAGCUUUAGAGGUAAUGGAUAUGCUCCAUGCCAUGGGACCAGAGACUGUGGUGAUCACAAGCUCAGAUCUACAGGCGCCUCUAGGAAAUGACUACCUAAUUGCUCUGGGAAGCCACAGAAAAACUAACGCAGAUGGUACCAAGAUGACACAAAGAAUUCGAGUGGAGUCUCCUAAAGUGGAUGCUGUCUUUGUUGGAACAGGAGACUUGUUCGCUGCUAUGCUUUUGGCAUGGACACAUAAGCAUCCAAACAAUUUGAAGGUGGCAUGUGAAAAGACUGUGUCAGCCAUGCAACAUGUUCUGCAAAGGACCAUUAAGAGUGCAAAAGCACAAGCUGGAGAAGGAAACAAACCAAACUCAGCCCAGCUGGAACUGAGAAUGGUCCAAAGCAAAAAGGACAUAGAAAACCCAGAGAUCAUAGUGAAAGCCACCGUGUUAUAAAGGCUGUACAUCUCCAGUAACGCACAAUGUAUUGAUGUCCUCAUUUCUUUCCUGUAAAUUGUAAUAUUUGCCUUAGAUCUGUGACAGAAACCUGACUUUCAUGAAAUAGUGCCCAGCAUAGGCAGAUAUCCACUCUCAAACAUAUGUGCUGGCCUUGCUCAGUUUUAAAAACAAAACAGUUAGUGUGCAUUGAAGCAUAUUACCAGGUAUCAAAAUGGCUGUCAAAUUCACUUAGUCUGUGUAAUUACCCAGGGCAAGAGAGUACAAUGUUCCUGCCUUGCCAAAGACUUUAGAUGUGAAUUUGCUAAUGGAAUGCUUGACUGACUGGAAAAUAUAUUUCAAGAUGGCAUCUAGUGCCAAUGGAGCUGGCUCCAUGCUCCCUUUUCCUGGAGAUAUCUGGUUACCUACUCUGGUAUUCAGUAUCUCAGCUGCUAUGAAACUAAGCAGGGUUAAAACUACACACAAAGUUCUGGUUGUGUGUAGGAGUACUUUGAAGAUGUUUGGCAUUUAAGUUCU